AUGUUAUCCGAGCUGCUGUGCGAAGGUUUUAUAACUGGGCCGGAUACACCCUCGGUGGAAUAUGCUUCCCAGUCUCCAUUUCCUGGCACUCUCUUGACGUCGUUGCUUGAUCACAAAGGGUCUCGUCGUGUUGAUGCACAGCAUACCGCCUUACUGGACGGAAUAGCAUCUUACGUCUACGGUUAUGAUGAUACACGUCUUGAUAAAGUUAUUCAUCCCAUAGGUCCAGCGGCUAGUGUGCUCCUUGCUGUUGCGGAAUGGAACAGUGACUUCUUAGGAAAAGUAAUUCUACUGGUUUUGACCGUAUGUGUCGAAGUGGAAUGUAAAGUUGUCAUGGAAGUCCGACCAGAGCAUCACGCUGUAGGGUGA